CCUCCUCCCUCUGAGGGAUGAGAGGGAGUGAAUCACAGUGGAGGGCUGCUCGCUCUUCAGUCCAGCAGCGUCUGCUCAGCUGUCACGUAUGCCGAGUGACCCACGACCUCUCGCUGCUGCUUUUCUGCCCGAGAGAAGAUGGGAGUCUUAUCUAAGUGACCGGCUCCAAACGUGGAUCUGAAUUCUUUGUUUUGCAUACGGAAGUUUUAAAUCUGUCAACCUGUGCAUGACUGAGACAAUUAAAGGUUUUUACAAGCUGAGGAGCUGCAACAUGCCCAAAAUUAUAGCACAGAUCUGCCUCGGGUUAUCCAGGAGGUAAACGCGUAAAAGGAGAUGGUGCGUGUCUGAACACACAGUGAACCAAGAUGGAGCCCAUUAAGAGAGAUAUGGAGCUGCUGAGUAACAGCAUGGCGACCUACGCUCACAUCAAAGCCAAUCCAGAGAGCUUUGCCCUCUACUUCAUGAUGGGCGUCUGCUUCGGGCUUUUCAUGGCGCUGUGCCUCCUGGUGGCCGGCAUCACUUGCAGGGCUCGCCGCCACAGAAAACCACCUCCGUCUCCAUCGAGGAGACAGCUCAAGGAGUCCAGUGAAGAGGAGGAGGAUGAGGAAGAAGAGGAGGAGAGUGUAGGAGAGGAGAGGGCGGUGGAUACGGAGAUCCCUAAAGUGACAGUGGGUCCUCUGAGUGACCGCAGCAGCCAGUCUAACGGCACUCUGAGGAGCCUGAAUGUUUUCACCUCGGCCGAGGAGCUGGAGAAGGCUCGACGGCUGGAGGAGAGGGAGCGAAUCGUCAGGGAGAUCUGGAGGAACGGGCAGCCGGACAUCCUGGUUACGGGGACCGGGACGAUUGGACGAGUUCAUUACCACUAAGAGAGACUUGGACUGAGCUUUUAAAAAACCUGUAAGGGACAACCAAUGGAGAGAAACGUGCCUUGUAUGGAGGCACAAAAAUGGGCACAAACUAAUGGCAACAUUAAAAAAUAUAUAUAUAUUAUUUACCGAUUAAAGAGUUUGCAAUAACUUAACUUUUAUCGUGUAAAAUGAAAUUUAGAAGAAAAUCCACUCUACCCACAACAAAAUACUAGUAUUUUUAAAGUCCCUAAAUAAAUUGCAGUAUUACAAAAAUAAAUAUGAAUAAUAAGAGAGAAAAUAUGUAUGCAAGCUAACCAUUUAUAAAUUCAUAAAAGUUAUUUUUAAUCAGCUUUUUUUUCAUGCUUGAAGUGUUU